GUUAACCUUUCUCCUGUAAAACCACUAGAAACGUAAAAGUGUGUCUUUUGAUUUUAAAUUCGGCCUGUUUUGAAUAAAAGAUAAUUUUUCACGACGCAAAGGAAGAUAGUUCGCAGAUUUGUAUUUUCAUUGUGGGAAGCAAUUGUAGGCCACGCAAGAAAAGAUUUUGUAAACUAUCAACGCGUUCUGCUUAUUCUUACUUGUUGAUUUAAUUGUGACGCUUGUGGAAAUCAGAAUAUUAUUCCGUUAGACGAAAAACCCAUUUAAAACCAAUAAAAUUUGAGGGGAUAUCUGUUUUUGCGAAAUUAGUAUAAAAACUUCAAGCCACGAUCCAGAGGUCAUCAGUCCACUUCACAAUGGCGUUCUUUACAAAACUUUGUAUGAUUUUUGCACUCUUCACCAUAAUUCAAGCCCAUGAAAGCGAAGAAUAUUAUGAUUCACAAGCAGAUUCCGGCGAAAUAGAAAUGGAGCGUGUUGCAUCGAGCUUCCUGCGCAGUUUGGCGCCCGGACCGCCUGGUCCACCAGGACCACCAGGACCACCAGGUACCCCAGGCGGUGCAGGACAACGAGGACCUGCUGGUCGAAACGGAGAGCAAGGAAGACCAGGCGAACCAGGAGUAUCUGGAAAGGACGGACCUGCUGGUGCACCUGGGCAACCUGGACGGCGAGGUCCACCGGGACCGCAGGGACAACAGGGAGCUCAAGGACUUCAAGGACUCGCCGGGACCCCAGGACGCGAUGGACCACCUGGACCUCCAGGGCCAAAAGGUGAUGCAGGAGCACCGGGACAAAAUGGUGUAACGGGACCCAGGGGUUUGCGUGGUCCACGAGGAUCCAGCGGAAUACCAGGAUUCCGAGGACCACCAGGCCCGCCCGGUCCAACUGGACCGAUCGGACCUGCAGGACCGAACGGACGUUAAAAUGAAGUUAUGAAAAAUGGAUUGCUUAAUAAAUAAAUAGUUUUCCAAAAUAA